AUGGCUUUGGAGACAUGUGGAAGCUGUUUGAGUUGCCUGCUGGUGCCUCUGGCGCUUUGGAGUAUUGUUGUGAACAUCCUCCUUUACUUUCCAAAUGGGAAAGCACUGCAGGCUACCAGUUACCAGCUUCCCAGCUACGAGUGGUAUUUUGAAGGGAUCUGUUUCUCAGGUGUGAUGAUCCUUCUUUUGGCAGUAAUUCUAAUAACACUGGAGUGUAGUGUGUUCUAUCGGUGCUGCCAGAGUGAGAGCUGUAACAAAACCUACAGGAGUUUUAUUUCUAUUGUGCUAGCCCUGCUUGGAAUUGCUUUCUCGGGAUACAGUUGCAUCAUUUUUACCCUGCAUUUGAUUAAAGGCCCUUUCUGCAAUUCAUCAAGUGGAUGGAAUUAUAUUUUCAAAGACACUGCUGGGGGAUACCUCACGGAUUACCCUGCCUGGUCUAAGUGCACAGAACCUCCUAACAUAGUGGAGUGGAACAUCAUUUUACUCUCAAUUUUGAUAGCUCUCAGUGGAUUGCAGUUGAUCAUCUGCAUUCUCAAAGUAGCUGCUGAGUUGAAACGAACACUCUGUGGGACCUAUUCUGUUUUUGUGCAGGUAACAUAA